AUGACCGUAUCCUCCCAGUCCGUCGACUUCCACAGUCAGCCCUCGGCCGCAGCACCGCCCACCACCGUCACCAUCCCCCCCCUCACACCGACGUCGGGCUCGACCUCGUCCACAGACCCCUCGCCCACCACCACCUCGCCCACCCUCGCAGACCACCGCCCCUCAAUCGCAAAGGCCUACACGGCCCCGCCCCCGCUGGAUCGCCAGUUCCCCAAGCCCCCGUCCGACAUUGACCUCACCGAGGCCCUCCGCCGCGCCCCCGGCCGCUGGACCAUCCAGGGCAGCAUCAGCGCCAAGGAGGCCGCGCCGCGCCAGCCGCGCGCCGAUCGCGACAUUGAGCAGCUCAAGGCCCAGCGCGUCAUCGACCUCGAGACUGCCAAGGCACAGCUGUUCGCCUACAGCGACAGCAUGCAGGAGGAGGUCGUUGCGCGCGAGAGGCUGCGUCGGACGCAGAGCAUCGCCAAGAAGACGGCUUAGAUACCAGCACACGGGACUAAGAUGUGCGACUCGUACCAAAAAAAAUCAAAAUCUAAAAAACUGAAAGCCCAGUUCCAAAACGGAAUUCGGACGCUCGAUCCUUUGAGAAAUGGCGUUACGCGAGUGAGGCGCAGCGGAGAGGACAUGAUCAACGACAGGCGACGACGGACGGAGUUCUUUAUGCAGGGUUCAGCAGUUUUAGUAAAGAGAGAUAGUGUACAGUACCAAUGAAAUUUCUCAAUGUCCCAUGA